UUUUGUAUUUCAGCUCGCCUUCAGUCGACGCGCAGCACUCAGCACGAACAAACGUUUGCCGCGUAUCUGUCAGAUACGGAUACGAGUACGACGAGUACAUAUAUUCGUUCUAUUUUGUAAAGCUACAAAAUGCAUAGAGCCCACACAGCCUUUAGCCUGGCCCUGUCGCCCAAGGCACACAAGAACUUUGCCACAUGGCUGCUCAAGAGCACCACCAACCAGCAGAUGGUCAAGGCAACUGCAGCGGCCGCUGUGCGCACCUACAACUCCGCCGCAGCCGAACCUUUUGCCAAUGGCUCCACCGCCUCCUACGUGGAGGAGAUGUACAACGCCUGGCUGCGGGAUCCCACCUCAGUGCACACCUCCUGGGAUGCCUAUUUCCGCAGCAACAGCUACACCAGCCCGCCCAACCUGGCCCCCGUUCAGGCCAACACUCUGCCCCUGACUGCUUUUAACUUUGGAGGCGCCGUUGGCGGAGCUGCGCCCGACUCCAAGACCAUCGACGACCAUCUGGCCGUCCAGGCCAUCAUCAGGAGCUACCAGUCACGUGGUCAUUUGGCAUCUGAUCUGGAUCCGCUUGGAAUUUUGACACGGGAAAAGACCGUUUGCAAGGAUGGGCUAGCACGUCGUGCUAACGAAGAUGUGCUCAGGCAGCAUUCUGGGUUUUUGUUUGGCGAGCAGGACAUGGAGCGUCAGUUCAAGCUGCCCAGCACCACCUUCAUCGGCGGUGAUGAGGCUUCUCUGCCCCUCAAGGAAAUCCUGAACCGUCUGGAGAACGUCUACUGCAACAAGAUCGGCGUGGAGUUCAUGUUCAUCAACUCCCUGGAGCAGUGCAACUGGAUCCGCAAGCGUUUCGAGACCCCCGGCGUUCUGAACUUCUCGCCCGAGGAGAAACGUCUCAUCCUGGCCCGUCUGACCCGUGCCACCGGCUUCGAGGCCUUCCUGGCCAAGAAGUACUCUUCGGAGAAGCGUUUCGGUCUUGAGGGCUGCGAAAUCAUGAUCCCUGCCCUGAAGGAGAUCAUCGAUGUGUCCACCGAGCUGGGCGUGGAGUCGGUCAUCAUGGGUAUGCCUCAUCGUGGACGUCUCAACACCUUGGCCAACGUGUGCCGCAAGCCCCUGAACCAGAUCUUCACCCAGUUUGCUGGUCUGGAAGCUGCUGAUGAUGGUUCUGGUGAUGUGAAGUACCAUUUGGGUACAUACAUCGAGCGUCUGAACCGCGUGACAAACAAGAACAUCCGCCUGGCUGUGGUGGCCAAUCCAUCGCAUCUGGAAGCCGUCGAUCCCGUCGUGCAGGGCAAGACCCGUGCCGAGCAGUUCUACCGCGGCGACCAGGAGGGCAAGAAGGUCAUGUCCAUCCUGAUUCACGGUGAUGCCGCCUUCUGCGGCCAGGGUGUCGUCUACGAGACGAUGCAUCUGUCGGAUCUGCCCGACUACACCACCCACGGCACCAUCCACGUAGUGGCCAAUAACCAGAUCGGCUUCACCACCGAUCCCCGCUUCUCGCGUUCCUCUCCCUACUGCACAGAUGUUGCUCGUGUCGUGAAUGCACCCAUUUUCCACGUCAACGCCGACGAUCCAGAGGCCGUGAUGCACGUGUGCAAGGUGGCUGCUGAGUGGCGUGCCACUUUCCACAAGGACUGUGUCAUUGAUCUGGUGGGAUACCGACGCAACGGUCACAACGAGAUCGACGAGCCCAUGUUCACCCAGCCCCUCAUGUACCAGAAGAUCCGCAAGCACAAGAACUGCCUGGAUCUCUAUGCCGACAAGCUGAUCGCCGAGGGCACUGUCACCGGCGAGGAGGUCAAGUCCGUGGCCGCCAAGUACGAGAACAUUUGCGAAGAGGCCUUUGCCCUGGCCAAGACCGAGACUCACGUCAAGUACAAGGACUGGUUGGACUCGCCCUGGUCCGGCUUCUUCGAGGGCAAGGACCCCCUGAAGGUGGCCCCCACCGGCGUGAAGGAGGAGACCCUGAUCCACAUUGGCAACCGGUUCUCAUCCCCACCACCCAACGCCGCUGAAUUCGUGAUCCACAAGGGUCUGCUGCGUGUGUUGGCUGCCCGCAAGACUAUGGUUGAUGAGAAGAUUGCCGACUGGGCUCUGGGUGAGGCCAUGGCCUUCGGCUCCUUGCUGAAGGAGGGCAUCCACGUCCGCCUGUCCGGUCAGGAUGUGGAGCGUGGCACCUUCUCGCACCGUCACCACGUGCUCCACCAUCAGCUGGUGGACAAGGCUACCUACAACUCGCUGCAGCAUAUGUACCCCGACCAGGCCCCCUACUCCGUGUCCAACAGCUCGCUGUCGGAGUACGCUGUGCUUGGAUUCGAGCACGGCUACUCGAUGACCAACCCCAACGCUCUGGUCCUGUGGGAGGCCCAGUUCGGUGACUUCAGCAACACCGCCCAGUCGAUCAUCGAUCAGUUCAUCUCCAGCGGCCAGUCCAAGUGGGUGCGCCAGUCCGGUCUGGUGAUGCUGCUGCCCCACGGCAUGGAGGGCAUGGGACCCGAGCAUUCGUCGUGCCGCGUGGAGCGUUUCCUGCAGAUGAGCAGCGACGAUCCCGACUACUUCCCCCCGGAGUCCGAUGAGUUCGCUAUCCGCCAGCUGCACGACAUCAACUGGAUCGUGGCCAACUGCACUACGCCCGCCAACUACUACCACAUCCUGCGUCGCCAGAUCGCCUUGCCCUUCCGCAAACCCCUGAUCCUGUGCACGCCCAAGUCCCUGCUCCGUCACCCGGAGGCCAAGAGCCCCUUCAGCGAGAUGAGCGAGGGCAGCGAGUUCCAGCGCAUCAUCCCCGACAACGGCCCCGCCGGCCAGAAUCCCAGCAACGUCAAGAAGGUCGUCUUCUGCACGGGCCGUGUCUACUACGAUCUGACCAAGACUCGUACCGAGAAGCAACUGGAGAGCGACAUCGCCAUUGUGCGAGUGGAGCAGGUCUCGCCCUUCCCCUUCGACCAGGUCAAGGAGCAGGCCAACCUGUACAAGAACGCCGAGCUCGUCUGGGCCCAGGAGGAGCACAAGAACCAGGGCUGCUGGACCUAUGUCCAGCCGCGUUUCCUGACCGCCCUCAACCACAGCCGCGAUGUGAGCCAAAGCGAUGAGCAAUCCUCCUACUCCAAUACUACCAAUACUACUGAUCAUACUAAUCAAGUAUCCGCCACCGAUUCCGAUUCUAACUCUGAACCAAAAUCGAAACCCUGGCUGAGCCGCAUGUUCACAAAGGACACGGAUUCGGGUUCCGAUCCGGCAUCGCCCCAGGGCGCCAGCGGUGACUUUAAUGCCGCCAAGCACUUUGACCUAAAGAACGUACGCCACGAUUUCAAUAGGCCCGCGGGCGUUGCGGCCGCUCCGGGCGGGCGCAUAUCGAAAACCGGACGCAAAAUUAGCUAUGUCGGACGCGCCUGCGGAGCCUCCACGGCCACCGGAUCCAAGGCCCAGCACAUCCGGGAGCUGAACGCGCUGCUCAACGAUGCGAUUUCGACCUAAGGAGCCUCUAGAUUUCAUAGUGAUGUUCUCGGGGAGAAGGAGUGCCGGAGAUGAUGAUGAAUAUUAAUUACGAUUAUAUUUUGUAUUGAAACGUAUGCAGACUCUUUGAUACGAUUUUUUGCUGACGAAAUUGUUAAGAGCAUUGUGUGAAAGUAAUGAAAUGUUAAAUAUUAGUUUAGUUAAAUUACAAAGCAAACAGCAAACGUAAAAAAAAAAAACCGAUAUAACACAAAAUGUUUAGUGUUUAGUAAAAAAUGAAAAGAAGAAAAGCAAAAAAACUAAAACUAAAUCAACUCAAACAAGUCUUUAAUGCAAAACUAAAGAUACCAGAUCUAGUAAAUCUGAAGAGAAUGGAUUGAAACGCAAAGAACGACGCAUAGAGGGCUUGAGCCCUCGGAUUUCGGAUUGAAUAAAACCCUUUAUACUUUUAUUUCUUAUUUCUAUGUUUAAUAUUUAUUUUAUUGUAUUAUAUAUAAUUAAACUAUCUCAAGAUCUGCAAGCCACAUCUUUGAUCGCCAGCAGCCGGGUCAGAAAUCAAUUAGUGUUUUUUGUUUUUGCCUAAGUUACACACUUUUGUUUUAAAAUUUAAAUAAAUGGACAAGUAUAAUUCUGAAACCAUGAAA